AUGGGCGACCGGUCAGAACAGUACGGCGAUAUCCCGCCGAUUUCCUCUCAACAUCGAAUGCAUGGAUACGGGAACAACGGCGAGCCCGCGGCGAUGCCAGGAGACGGACAGCAGAACUGGGGAUCUGGUCCUGGCAUUGCGCACACGCAUUCAAUGCGGACGGCCUCGACCGCAACCCCGGGGAUGGAUAAUUUAGGGCCUUCGGCCGUGGGAGGAGGGAUUAGCGGUAUCGCCCUUGGCGUUGCCAACACCCAUGACCGUCAGAGUGGCAUUGACGCUUUCAGGGAUGCAGACGCGACACUCGGCUAUAUCCCCGCUGAACGAGGUUAUCAUACUACCGGCGCAGAUAAUCCGUAUGUGCCUUCGCCGCCGAGCGUUGGGCCUGGGCCGGACGAAAGCUCGGAGGGGCUGCGAUCUCAUGAGACUUUUGGCUCGAGCGCGGCCUUGAGCGCUGCGGGUGCACCGGCAGGGAACUGGACACCACCGAGCGGAUCCCGUCACAGUUUUCUCGAUGGAUCAUAUCAGGGUGUAGCGUCGGGACCGUACCAGCGACAUUCUGCCUACAGCUCGCAGGACUAUCCUGCUGACAUCAACCCGGAUGAUAUUCUUGACGAUGGAGAUGAUGGUUUUGCGGCAGCCCCGUCCAACAAACCUAACGCAGCUGGAGGAGCAGCCACUGGCGGUGCGGCUGGGGGUCUUUUAGGAGAAUUCUUUGGUGCAAAGAAGGCAGCCGAUGCUUCUUAUGAUCCUGUUCCCGGCGCAGGCCUGCCAUCUGUCGAAAAGUAUGCUAAACCUAGACCCUCCGGUGCGAGCCGAAAACGUGGCUGGAUUAUAGGGGGCAUAUUGGCUUUCAUUGUUAUUGGAGCUAUUGUCGGAGGCGCUGUUGGCGGCACGUUGGGCAAUCGCAGGUCUGAGACCGCAUCAGAAUCGUCCGAAGUAUCUGCAGAUGAUGACACGGAGACCAACGGUGAUCUCGACAAGAACUCGGACGAAAUCAAGUCUCUUAUGGCCAUGGAAGGGUUGCACAAGGUGUUCCCAGGCAUGGAUUACACACCCUGGGGCGUCCAACACCCGGAGUGUGACAAAUGGCCACCAUCCCAGAACAAUGUCACCCGUGAUAUGGCAGUGCUCUCGCGACUAACCAACACCGUCCGCCUUUACGGCACAGACUGCAACCAGACCGAAAUGGUCCUCCACGCCAUCGACCGCCUCGAACUUACAGAUAUGAAACUUUGGCUCGGCGUUUGGAUUGACACAAACACUACCACCAACGAACGCCAGCUCUCCCAGCUCUACGACAUUCUUGACAAACGCUCCGAUCACUCUGUCUUUAAAGGCGCUAUCAUCGGCAACGAAGCUCUUUACCGCGCAGGUUCCACAAAGGAAGAAGCGCGCAAGAACAUCAUCGACUAUAUGCGCCAAGUCCGCAAGCACUUUAACGACCACAACAUCGACAUAAAAGUCGCGACCUCCGACCUCGGCGAUAACUGGGACGAAACACUCGCAGAUGCCACGGAUGUCGUCAUGUCGAACGUCCACCCCUUCUUUGGAGGCGUGGAGGUCAGCAAGGCAGCGGGUUGGACCUGGAGUUUUUGGAACUCACAUAACGCUCCACUUACACAGGGGACGAACAAAGGCAAUAUCAUUGCCGAGGUUGGCUGGCCCAGCGGUGGAGGAAACGAUUGCGGCGACGGCGCCAACUGCAAGGAUGAUACCUCUGGUGCUGUGGCGGGGGUCAAGCAGAUGAACCAGUUUAUGGCAGACUGGGUCUGCCCGGCGCUGGAGAAUGGGACAGAUUAUUUCUGGUUCGAGGCCUUUGACGAGCCCUGGAAAGUGAAAUUCAACAAAGGUGACGAGCAGUGGGAAGACAAAUGGGGUCUCAUGGACCCUGGUCGCAACUUGAAGCCUGGGAUCGAAAUCCCGGAUUGUGGUGGCAAGACGGCUGCAUAGCACUUUCGCGUCUUUGCAGAUGUCUUUCUGCUUCGGGCAAAUGCGAUCCAUUAUCAUGGCAUCUUUCUUUUAUGAUCACUGUAUCUUCCCGUGUGUCAUUUUUUUCUGUAUACAUGAUUCUUUAACGUACAAAUGACUGAUGAUUUGGGUGCUGCUCUCCCUCUGUGUGUCUAUUUGAUUAUUCCUAUAUGGCGAUUGUGUUGCUCUCAUUUCUCGGACCGUGGAUUGCUUGUUGACUAUUUGUGACCGGUUGCGGAAUUUCUUCUGUAUUGUCUUCGUCUGCUCGGAGCGUAUUGCACUGACCUCCAUUGUUGGUUGCGCGCUUGGCUUGCCAAUGUAUAUAGUA